AGCCUAUAAGGGGGGUGCCUGCUGGGCUCAGGCGCUUCCCGCCGCGAUGGCCCCCCGCCCGCUGCCCUGGGCGCUGGUGCUGCUGAGCUCGGCCCUGGUCGUGACGCUGGGCCGCGCGCCCACCCCGGAGGGGCCAGAGAAGCUGUGUGGCCACCAUUUCGUUCGCGCGCUGGUGCGAGUGUGUGGGGGCCCGCGCUGGUCCCCCGAGACCGGGCGGCCAGUGGCUGGCGGAGACCGUGAGCUGCUGCAAUGGCUGGAAGGACGACACCUCCUCCAUGGCCUGGUGGCCGAGGACCAAAUGCUGGUACUGCCCCAGGCCUCUCACCAUCACCACCACCACCACCACCACCACCACCACCACCAUCGCCGGGCAACUGCCACCAACCCUGCCCGCCACUGCUGCCUUAGCGGCUGCACCUGGCAAGACCUACUGACCCUCUGUCCCCACUGAGCCCUCCUAGGGCAUGGCCUCGGGGGAGUCAGAGACCCAGAAGUUCUGGUUUGGUGACUUCCUGAAGCCAUACAGCACCAUACAGCCCCAUAUCUGGGGGGCAUUGUUGAUUACAUCCUGGGACAGGGAACUCACCACCUACCCUAGGUCACCCAUCUUCUAUGGGGUCAACUCGGGGGGGGGGGCACCCCACCACCCUGGCUUGGAGAAUCCUUGAUUUUAUAGUGAUGUCAGAUACCGAGGGCUAAAUGUCCUCACCUCCGAGGAGCCCCAGGCACCACCCUCUCUGCACUUGUGACACCCCAUCUUGCUGUCUCCCCAAUAAUAAAACUGCAGAAUUCAAA